AGUAAUUCUUCGUCUACUAUGCCUGAGUCAAAGUCAAUAUGUGUUUCAGUAGAUGAGGUGGUCUCUGGUGGUACAGAAACACAGGAGGUUCAUUUGCUCAAUGGCCAUUUAAAGAAGAUGGACAAUGUUUUGACUGAAGCCCAUCAUUUCUCCUACCUUCCUCGAAGACCAGCUGUGAAUAUUGAAUUUAAAGACCUCUCCUAUGCUAUACCAGAAGGACCCUGGUGGAACAAGAAGGGUUUCAAGACUUUGCUAAAAGGAAUUUCUGGAAAGUUUAGCAGUGGUGAACUGGUGGCAAUUAUGGGUCCUUCUGGAGCUGGGAAGUCGACCCUUAUGAAUCUCCUGGCAGGAUACAGAGAGACUGGGAUGAAAGGAGAAAUUCUCAUAAAUGGGCAACAUCGUGAUUUGCGUUCUUUCCGCAAAGUGUCUUGUUACAUCAUGCAAGAUGACAUGCUGCUUCCACAUCUUACUGUCCAGGAAGCUAUGAUGGUGUCUGCCCACUUGAAACUUCAAGAAAAAGAUGAAGGCAGGAGAGAAAUGGUGAAUGAGAUCCUGACAGCUUUGGGUUUGCUAUCAUGUGCCAGUACUCGUACUGGAAGCCUUUCAGGAGGGCAGAGAAAACGUCUUGCGAUUGCUUUGGAACUGGUGAACAACCCACCGGUUAUGUUUUUUGACGAACCUACCAGUGGCCUGGACAGUUCAUCUUGCUUUCAAGUUGUCUCUCUGAUGAAGGCUUUAGCCCAAGGUGGCCGGUCCAUCAUCUGCACUAUCCAUCAGCCCAGUGCCAAACUCUUUGAACUCUUUGAUCAGCUCUAUGUCUUGAGCCAAGGGCAAUGCGUUUACCGUGGGGAAGUAUUAAACUUAGUCCCUUAUUUGAGAGAUUUGGGUUUAAAUUGUCCAACAUAUCACAAUCCAGCAGAUUUUGUGAUGGAGGUCGCCUCUGGUGAAUAUGGAGAUCAGAAUAGCAGGCUUGUAAGAGCUGUGCAAGAAGGAAUGUGCGAUGCAGAUUACAAGAGAAAUUCUGGAGGAGAAAAUGAACUUAACCCCUUUUUAUGGCACAAACCAUCAGAGGAGGAUUCUUCAUCCAUGGAAGGCUGUCAUAGCUUCUCAGCCAGCUGUCUUACUCAGUUUUGCAUACUGUUUAAAAGAACUUUUCUCACCAUAAUGAGGGAUUCGGUCCUGACACAUCUGCGGGUAACAUCCCACAUUGGAAUUGGACUUCUGAUAGGCUUGCUGUAUUUGGGGAUUGGAAAUGAAGCAAAGAAAGUCCUGAGCAAUUCUGGCUUCCUCUUUUUUUCCAUGUUGUUUCUUAUGUUUGCUGCGCUCAUGCCAACGGUCCUUACAUUUCCUCUUGAGAUGGGAGUAUUUCUUAGAGAACAUCUGAAUUAUUGGUACAGUUUGAAGGCUUAUUACUUGGCUAAAACUAUGGCUGAUGUCCCUUUUCAGAUUAUGUUUCCUGUGGCUUACUGCAGCAUUGUGUACUGGAUGACAGCGCAGCCCUCUGAUGCUCUGCGAUUUCUCCUGUUUGCAGCACUGGGGACCAUGACAUCACUUGUGGCUCAGUCCCUGGGACUUCUGAUUGGAGCAGCAUCCACCUCACUUCAGGUGGCAACAUUUGUUGGUCCUGUUACAGCAAUCCCAGUUCUUCUCUUCUCAGGCUUCUUUGUCAGUUUUGAUACCAUUCCUGCUUAUCUCCAGUGGAUGUCCUACAUGUCUUACGUCAGGUAUGGAUUUGAAGGUGUCAUUCUUUCCAUCUAUGGUUUGGAUCGAGAAGAUCUUCAUUGUGACAAAGAUGACACUUGUCAUUUUCAGAAGUCAAAGGCUAUCCUCAAAGAGCUGGAUGUAGAAAAUGCUAAACUUUAUUUGGACUUCAUUGUGCUUGGAAUUUUCUUCAUCUCCUUACGUCUCAUUGCCUAUUUUGUUCUCAGAUACAAAAUUCGAGCAGAGAGAUAGAGGACAAAUGUGACCACAUACAGUUCUAGAAUGUGGCUCUUUUGGUUGUGGCAGAUGAGUUUUCAAAGCUCAGUUGCAAAUCAUGUUGUCGUCUGACCCCUAGAAGAACUAAAAUGGAAACUUGUUUCAGUUUUGAAAAACGUCACUGCUGAUCCCAAGAGUUUCCUCUCCUGGAAAGUAUAUUUCUUCUAAGGUAGCUGUAGUUCUGGCAACUAGACUGAGAAUGUCUAUCUUUUAUUAUAAGUGAAAAAACAGAAAAUGUUCUAUCAUCACUUCUUGCUGCAUCUUAUAUGUUUUUUUCCCACAAGAAAUUCUGCAGUAGUCUAUACAUUUUUCCAGUUGUAUGAAAACCGAAUGCUUAAAAAUAAAGUAGGUGAGAAAUCUGAUAUUAGUUCUCCUUAAUACCCAGCUUUGGAGUUUUAAUUAUAUGAGCUGGUCUCAUAAAC